AUGGCACACCCCGCCCGACAUUCCGCUAUGAUGUCCGUCAGCAACAGCGCCCCAAACCAGUCAAACGCUAGCGACAAGCAGCAGCAGCAGCAGCCACCGCAGCAGAUUCAGCACAUCGCAAAUACCGGGUUGCGCGUCCCGUCGAACCGGAAAACCAUCUAUGACAGACAUCUGAAUCGCAGUCGAAAUGCGGAACUCAGCCGGGCAAGUUUCGCCUUUCUCUUUGCGGAGAUGGUCACAUAUGCCCAGAGGAGGGUAACGGGCAUUCAGGACCUGGAGAAACGAUUGAAUGAACAAGGAUACCCUCUGGGACUCCGUCUUCUUGAUCUACUCUACUACCGAACCAUAUCCAGCUCAACCUCAUCGUCUUUAUCUAGCUCGUCGACUUCUGCCGCUCCACCUAAUCGACCCCUCCGUAUCCUGCCCUUGCUCCAUCUCAUCCACGGUCCCCUCUGGCGACUGCUUUUCAAUCGCCCGGCAGAUGCUCUCGAGCACUCUGUGUCUCCCGACACACCCAACGAAUAUAUGAUUACGGAUAAUGACCCGCUUGUAAACACAUACAUCAGCGUACCCAAGGAAAUGAGCAUGCUUAACUGUGCGGCUUUCGUGGCGGGAAUCAUUGAGGGUGUCUGUGACGGUUGUGGCUUCGAGGCCAAGGUUACGGCUCACAAUCAACCAACGGAGAUGUGGCCUGGUCGGACGAUCUUCUUAGUGCGCUUUGGUGAGAGUGUUAUGGAGAGGGAGAAGGUACUGGAAAGGGCGGGCAUCAAAUAA